AUGACAUCGUUUUAUUCUAGGGUAUUGACAAUAUCUGAAUUCAGCACAAUCUCUCUUUCCGUCGACUCUAAUCACAUCGCUCUUCACAUCGCUCUCUCUUUUUUUCCAUCAAAUCCGAUACUUUCCGACGCCAGUGCCGGAGUUAACUCUCAGACGGUGAUUCCUCCGGAGAUUUUCCCUUGGUAA